AUGGGCUCGACACGGGAGCUGGCGACCGAUGAUCUGGUGAUGACGAUCGCGUCCGAGGACGAGGUGUCGGACGUGGAGAACAGCUCGGAAUCGGGAGACGAGCAAGAGGGAGAGGUCCAGAGCAGUCACAAGCAGCAGCAGCAGCAACAGUCGAAUGAGCGCGAGAUCGCCGAGAACUUUGAGUUUGACGACAGCGGUGGUACUUUUUAUGCGUCCGGUGGCAGCUCAUGGGACUUUACGACGGCCAUUUCACGAAUUGACGAGAUGGAGAGUGGUGUCUCGAAGCGCACGUCUAUUCAGACAAAGAUCGACAAGAGGCGUCAAAAGAAGGAGGAGCUAAAGUUGAAGAAGAAGAAGAAGAAGAAGAAGGAGAAGAUGAAGAUCAAGGGGAUGAGGUGCAGUGAAAAGAGUGAGGGAGUGGAGGCGGAAACUGAAGGGUCUAGCGACAGUGAAGACGAGACGAAAGAGAGCUGUUCCGACAGUGAGGAGCAGCACGAGGUGGGAGAAGAGGACGAUGUGGUGGAGGAAGCGCGUUUGCAGACGGCGCUGAAGGACGGCAAUAAGGACCAGCAGGCGAUCGACAAGAUGGUGGACGCGCUGGAAAAGAAGAAGGCUGCCGAGUUUUUUGACUCGGACCCGUUUGCAGCACAGGAGUUUGCCAAGACCAAGUUUGAAACGUUUGCAGACUUGAAGCUGUCGCGUCCACUGAUGCGUGCGAUUGCGCAUGUUGGUUUUGAGAAGCCAACACCUAUUCAGCAGCGAGCUAUUCCUAUCGCACUUGCGGGCAAAGAUAUCUGCGCUAGUGCCCAAACCGGUAGUGGUAAAACUGCUGCUUUCUUGCUGCCUAUCUUGGAGCGUCUUCAGUAUCGCUCGCGCCGCGUACAGUCGACGCGUGUGAUGAUUAUUUGUCCCGUUCGUGAGCUUGCGACGCAGUGUCAGUCGAUGUUCGAACAGUUGGCGCGUUUCACGGACAUUACAAUCUCACUGGCGGUGGGUGGUUUGCCGCUCAAGGUUCAGGAAGCUGAGCUGAGGAACCGCCCAGACGUUGUAGUGUGCACACCUGGCCGUAUGAUUGACCAUCUGCGUAACUCCAAGAGCGUUCACAUGGAUGAUCUAGAAAUUCUAGUACUGGAUGAAGCCGAUCGGCUGCUUGAGUUGGGGUUUACGGACGAAGUGCUAGAGCUUGUCCGUAUGUGUCCUGUGCAACGUCAGACGAUGCUGUUUUCUGCCACGAUGACGUCCAAAGUUGACCAGCUGAUUGGUCUCUCGAUGAAGCGUCCGGUGCGCAUUAGCACGGACCCACUGUUCGACAUGGCUAAGCACUUGGUACAGGAGUUUGUGCGUAUUCGCCCCAAUCGUGAAGACGAUCGCGAGGCGAUUCUCCUGGCACUAUGUACGCGUACGUUCCGUACAAACACGAUUGUGUUUAUGGAGACCAAGUCGCACGCGCACCGAAUGAUGAUCAUCUUCGGUCUAGCUGGUAUCAAGGCUGCCGAACUCCAUGGCAACUUGAUGCAGAGAGAACGGCUCGAGGCGCUUCAGAAGUUCCGUGAUGGCACUGUUGACAUUCUUCUGUGUACUGAUAUUGCUGCCCGUGGUAUCGAUGUGCGCGGUGUGCACGCUGUCAUCAACUAUGAAAUGCCGAAGGAUAUAACGACGUAUGUGCACCGUGUUGGUCGAACGGCCCGAGCUGGUCGCAAUGGUCGUGCCGUCACACUGACGAGUGAGUCACGCCGUUUGGUGAUGAAACAAGUUUCACGGCAUUGCAAUGGGUUCGUCAAGUCCCGCGCUGUUCCUGAUCCGGUCAUUGCGCAGUGGAAAGCUCGCAUUGAGAGCAUGCAGGAAGACGUGAAGCUGGUAAUGCACGAUGAGACCCUGGAGAAGCGUGUGCGUGAAGCCGAAAAAGAGGCCACUCGGGCUACGAACAUGCUGAGGCACCGUGACGAGAUCAUCUCCCGUCCUGCGCGCACGUGGUUUAUGUCUGAACGAGAAAAGAAAAAUGUGAAUGAGCGUGCUGAGGACGAGCGUCGCAACCAGGAGAAGGCGUUGAAAGAAGGAGCUGAGACUGAGGAAACCGUGACGCGUGCGAAGAAGCUCAAGACGAUGAGCCACAAGAAGCGUCGGCUGUUUGAGAUUCGCGAGCGCGAAGAGCGGAUGCUUGCGGACGCGAACCGUGAAGAGGACGGCAGUGGUCACGAGAGCAAAAAGGCUGCUGUGUUCACGUCGACACACGUCGCUGGUGCUGCCAAGCGCGCCAAAAAGGUGCAGCAGGAGACCAAUCGCUCGCGCGAGGAGGAGUCGAUUGCCGAAAUGCACGAGCGAAAGCGCCUCAGACGUGAGAAGGCUCGCGCAGCUCGAAGCAGCCACGGGUCAGGUGCGUUCGACGUUGACAUGACACGUGACGAGGCUCUGAAGCCCAGGAAACAGCGUGAUGCUAGCGCGCACCACAAGCCAUUCGAGUUCAAGGAGAAGGUCACGGACUACAAGAAACACGCCAAGAAGAGCUCGAGCUCGUUCAAGUCGAAGGCAAAGUACAAGCGACGCAAAUAG